AGAUAUCGAAGUGCAUACAAUGGUCAAGACACCAAAAAAGACAUAUUUCGGAAAAAAGUAUGCUGGAGCUGAAAGUGAAGAGGAUUAUGAUGGACCUCUCAAUUUAUUAACGACGAGAAGACCAUUCAAGAAUCCCAAAUAUAAAACUGUAAAAAAAAAUAAGAAUUUAAAGCAAAUUCUUACCAUGGAGAGAGAUCAACAACUCGCUUUAGAUAUCCCCACUUAUGAAAAUAUUGAAUGUGCACCGUCAAUUUUGCCUCAAAAGAAGUAUUGCGAUAUUACAGGAUUAGAUGCUAAAUACACCGAUCCAAAGACAGGUUUACGAUAUCACAAUGCAGAAAUUUAUCAAUUUAUUAGCACAUUAGGUGUACCCAAUGUUCAAGCAUAUUUAGCAAGUAGAAAUGCAGCCGUUGUUCUUAAAUAAUAUCCCCCCACCCCCUUCUUCAUCCUUUGUAUCAUCAUUCCUCGUCGCUAUCCUCC